CCUUUGUUCUCAAUUUUUCAAUUUAUUUUUCCCAAAAACGAAGGAAGAAGUUCUAUUUCUUCUCAAGAAAAGAAAAAGAAUGUAGAUAAUCUUGGAAAUUGUAAUCCCUCCAUCCCAGAAAUGAUUUGACUUGAUUUUCUUGCCCCAUUUGAUCGAUUUCUUGCUCGCUUCUUCGGGAUGUCGAGAUCGUCGUUCAGCGAGCCGGAGUCGCCGGCGGCGUCGGUGGAGGGGGAGACGACGAUGACGAGGACGUCGUCGUCGGCGUCGGCGUCCUCGAUGGCGUCGCUUGUGGAGUCGGUCAGGGCGUGCGGGAGCUCGGGGGCGAGGCUCGACAAGGAGUACCUCCGCCGGAGGAUCACCAUCCCCCACCGCCUGCUGGCCGCCAUUGCCGAGGCCAUCCGGUCCAGGGACGCCGGAACCACCGCCGCGGCGGCGGCGGUGGAGGAGGUGGGAGCGGACGGCCCUUGCCUCGGGAACGACGACGUGCCGGAGGCGCCCAUGGUCGUCUUCGUCAACUCCCGCAGUGGCGGCCGCCACGGCCUCGUCCUCAAGAACCGCCUACAGGAGUUGAUGGGCGAGGAACAGGUUUUUGAUCUUUCAAUGGUGAAGCCUUCUGAAUUCAUUCAGUAUGGUUUAGCUUGCCUGGAGAAGCUGGCUGAUCUUGGUGACUUUUGUGCAAAGGAAACUCGGGAAAAGUUGAGAAUCAUGGUUGCGGGAGGAGAUGGUACAGUAGGAUGGGUGUUAGGCUGUCUUGGGGAACUUUUUGUGCAGAGCAGAGAGCCAGUUCCUCCUAUUGGCAUCAUUCCUCUUGGAACAGGAAAUGACCUUUCUAGGAGCUUUGGUUGGGGUGGUUCAUUUCCUUUUGCAUGGAGGUCAGCUGUGAAACGUUCUCUCAAUAAAGCUAUUUCUGGUCCAGUUUGCCGACUUGAUAGUUGGCAUAUCCUUGUUUCGAUGCCAGAAGGAGAAGUGAUAGAACCGCCACACUCUCUGAGGUAUCUAGGAGAGUCCACUUAUACUCAGGAUGGAGAUAUUGAAGGGGAGGUACCUGAGAAGGUUUCAUGCUUGGAGGGAGUCUUCUAUAACUAUUUUAGCAUAGGAAUGGAUGCUCAAGUUGCUUAUGGCUUCCAUCAUUUACGAGAUGAAAGACCAUAUCUUGCACAAGGUCCAAUAACAAACAAGUUGAUCUACACUGGAUAUUCUUGCAAGCAAGGGUGGUUCUUUACACCUUGUAUGAGCGAUCCAAGCUUAAGGGGACUCAGAAACAUUCUGCGGUUAUCUAUUAAAAAGGUUAACUGUUCAGAGUGGGAGCAAAUUCCCGUCCCUCCAAGUGUUAGGGCAAUAGUUGCCUUGAAUCUUCACAGCUAUGGGAGUGGAAGGAAUCCAUGGGGUAAUCUGAAACCUGAAUAUUUAGAAAAGAGAGGCUUUGUUGAGGCCCAAGUUGAUGAUGGUUUACUUGAAAUCUUUGGUCUAAAACAAGGCUGGCAUGCUUCACUUGUUAUGGUUGAACUCAUAUCAGCUAAACACAUUGCUCAGGCUGCCGCAAUUAGGUUGGAAAUAAGAGGUGGUCAGUGGAGAGAUGCUUACAUGCAAAUGGAUGGGGAGCCAUGGAAACAACCAAUGAGCACAGAGUAUUCGAGUUUCGUGGAAAUAAAAAGGGUGCCAUUUCAGUCACUCAUAAUAAGUGCGAGUGAUUACAAUGAUUUAUUGGAUAAGGGAACUUGGCUCAGAGGGUGGCAUCUUUAAAGCAGAAAAAGUUCAUUUGCAAGAUCCUUUUAUUUUUCUUUUUGUCAGGGAACUUGGCUCAGAGGGUGGCAUCUUUAAAGCGGAAAAAGUUCAUUUGGAAAUAUGCACGAUGUCUCUUCACUUACAUUCUGUUGGCCCUUGAGUUUGGACAAUGAGGGCUUGUCAAUUGUGAUGAGUGGGAGUAGAUGCCUACAUGUCUGUCUAUAUCUUGCUUUCCACCCAUUCAUAAGGUUGAUCUUUAACCAGUUUGAACCAAAGAGAUUGAUAUAAUGGAGAAGUGGCUCUUAAAACUUUCACGCUAAA